AUGCAGCGGCAUCUACUUGAUCCUGUGUUCGAGGGCGUCAACAGGGCAUACUUUGCAGUGCCCACGUCCCAAGACCGGGUCAAGGUCACAAAGGCGUUUGUUGACGCUUGCUUCGACCACGGUGUCGAACACGCCGUCAUCGUCAGUGUCAUCGGAGCAGAUACUCGUGACACGGUGUUCCACCAGCAGUUCAAGGAGAUCGAGGACUACGUCCUGGGGCGCGCAGACAAGCCCGUCCGUCUCAAGGUUGGGGAUAAGGGCCAGGUCCGCUUCCGCCCAGUCAUCCUCCGCUGCGCCAUGUUUUACCAGAACAUCUACAGCUUUGUCCCUGUCCUGAAGGAUGGACACCUGUACUUGCCUCUGCGAGACGGCAGCCUCGGUCAUGUUGACAUGGAGGACGUCGGCGCGUGCAUUGCGGAGAUCCUUGUCGGGCCCGAGCGCUUCGACAAACGCACCUACAACCUCGUUGGCGAGUACCAACGCGGCAACAUCAUGGCAUCGGCCAUUUCCAUGGGUGCGCGUGUUCACUGCACAUAUGAGAAUGUGGAGCCCGACGUCGUCAUCCAGUCCCUCAAGGUCACCACCAGGGCCACGUGCUUGGUUGUUGUGACCCGUGACAUUGCGCAGCCACGGGCAGCCUUGCGACUUGCUGAUGUGCGCUUUUUUUUUUUGAAGUAA